AUCACCGGAAUACACCGUAGAAUCGUGUGACAGCCGUCUAAUCGCAAACCGCCAGCAGUCAACUCCUUUGCCAGUAUCCAAUAACUUAAUAUAUUACCUAACUCAUCAUGGUCCGUCUAAGCUUAUUCGCCGUGCUCGUUGCGUCCCUGGCCUUCUGCGUCGCCAUGCCCGCCGAAGAGAAGUACACCAGCAAGUACGACAACUUCGACGUCGAGCAGGUGUUGAACAACCAACGGAUCCUGACCAGCUACGUCAAGUGCAUGAUGGACGAAGGUAGUUGCACGAACGAGGGCCGAGAACUGAAAAAACACUUGCCGGACGCGCUGAAAACCAACUGCUCGAAGUGCACAGAUGUACAAAAGGAAACAUCGGAAAAAGUGUUGAGAUUCUUACAGAAAAAUCGCGCAGACGACUUCGAACGUCUUAACAAGAAGUACGACCCGACUGGCAUUUACAAAAAGAAUAUAUUGAAAUUGGAAAAGGAACGCGACGAAGAACUUAAAAAGAAACAAAAGAACUGAGAACGAAAUCGCUAACAACUAUUCCCAUAGUAUACCUAUAAUUUUCUUCUAUUGCUCUAUUUUUUUUUUCGUCAGCACGCGGUUAAAUAAAAAUUAUAAUGAUACAUAGAUUGUAUAACGAUAGUAUAAGACAACAAAACAAUUGUUGAGAUAUAAAAGUUUCUACUUGUCAACCGGUAAAUAGGAUUAGAUUAUAUAUUAUUAUAUAAAAUUAUUACACUAACGUAUUUGUGAUCAAUAAAAUAUAUUAUAUACAUAUGUAAAACUA